CAGUGGCAUUAUGGGAUCUCAAAUCCAAGAAGGCGGAAUACAGAUACACACAUGAUGAGGACAUCAUAUGGCGGGUCUUCAGUCCAUUCAGGAGGCAGAAGCCUAUUUGUGAUGUGUGAUGUCACUAAUGUGGCCCUCUGCUGUACCCCAAGACUGGAAUUUGCCCUACAUCCAAAGGCAAUUCAUUCUGUAGCUUGGCAUCACGAAGGAAAGCAAUUCAUUUGUAGCCAUUCAGAUGGCACCCUAACCAUAUGGAAUGUAAGGAACCCUACUAAGCCAUUGCAGACAAUCACUCCCCAUGGAAAGCAGGUUAAAGAUGGAAAGAAGCCAGAACCCUGUAAACCUAUUCUUAAAGUGGAAUACAAAACUACCAGAGUUGGGGAGCCUUUUAUCAUCUUGUCAGGUGGCUUAUCAUAUGACACUGUUGGAAGAAGACCCUGUUUAACUGUUAUGCAUGGAAAGAGCACUGCUGUUCUAGAAAUGGAUUAUUCAAUAGUAGAUUUUCUAACCCUAUGUGAAACUCCAUACCCUAAUGAUUUCCAAGAGCCAUAUGCUGUGGUUGUUCUCCUAGAAAAAGAUUUAGUAGUUAUUGACCUUGCACAAAAUGGGUAUCCUAUAUUUGAGAAUCCAUAUCCCCUGAGUAUACAUGAAUCUCCAGUCACUUGUUGUGAAUAUUUUGCUGAUUGUCCUGUGGACCUUAUUCCAGCACUUUAUUCAGUAGGUGCACGACAGAAACGUCAAGGCUAUAGUAAAAAGGAGUGGCCUAUCAAUGGUGGAAAUUGGGGUAUGGUCACACAGAGUUAUCCAGAGAUUAUCAUUACUGGGCAUGCGGAUGGAUCAGUCAAGUUUUGGGAUGCCUCUGCAAUAACUUUGCAAGUACUAUACAAAUUAAAAACAGCUAAAGUGUUUGAAAAAUCUCGAAAUAAAGAAGAUAGGCCAAGCACUGACAUAGUAGAUGAAGAUCCAUAUGCCAUUCAGAUUAUCUCAUGGUGUCCAGAAAGCAGGAUGCUGUGCAUAGCAGGAGUUUCUGCACAUGUCAUUGUUUACAGAUUCAGCAAACAAGAAAUAACAACAGAAGUUAUUCCGAUGCUUGAAAUACGGCUAUUGUAUGAAAUAAACUAUAUAGAAUCUCCUGAUCCUGAACAAAUGCCACCAUUGCCUACUCCAGGCACAGGUUCCAAUCCUCAGUCCAUCAUCCCCCAGUCUCAUCCGUCCACUAGCAGUAGCUCAUCUGAUGGGCUUCGUGAUAACGUCCCAUGUUUAAAAGUUAAAAACUCUCCCCUUAAACAGUCUCCGGGUUACCAGAUCGAGCUAGUUAUCCAGUUAGUAUGGGUGAGCGGUGAACCUCCUCAGCAAAUAACAAGUCUUGCAAUCAACUCUGCCUAUGGAUUAGUAGUUUUUGGUAAUUGUAAUGGUAUUGCAAUGGUUGAUUACAUUCAAAAGACCAUGCUUUUAAACCUUGGCACUAUUGAAUUGUAUGGCUCUAAUGAUCCUUAUCGGAGGGAACCUCGAUCUCCACGUAAAAGUAGACAACCAUCUGGAGCAGGUCUUUGUGAUAUCAAUGAAAGUACUGCAGUACAGGAGGAUCGUUGCAAGUCACCCACUUCAGGUUCUGCUUUUCCCAACAAUUCUGAUGAUGAACAAAAAAUGAAUAAUUUUAUAGAAAAGGUGAAAACCAAAAGCAGAAAGUUUUCCAAGAUGAUAGCCAGUGAUAUAGCAAAGAUGUCUAGAAAAUUAAGCUUACCAACUGAACUGAAACCUGAGUUAGAUGUUAGAGACAAUUCCUUCAGCCGAUCCAGAAGUUCUAGCGUAACCAGCAUUGAUAAGGAAUCCCGAGAAGCAAUUUCAGCUCUUCACUUUUGUGAGACUUUCACCCGAAAAGCUGAUACAGCACCUUCACCAUGCUUGUGGGUUGGGACUACUUUGGGCACAGUUUUAGUCAUUGCACUGAAUUUACCUCCAGGAGGAGAACAAAGACUGCUUCAACCAGUAAUUGUGUCCCCCAGUGGAACUAUUCUGAGGCUUAAAGGAGCAGUCUUAAGAAUGGCUUUUCUGGACACAACAGGAUCAUUAGUUCCACCAGCAUAUGAGCCCUGGAGAGAACACAAUGUUCCUGAAGACAAGGAUGAAAAGGAUAAACUGAAAAAACGUCGCCCUGUCUCAGUAUCUCCAUCUUCUUCUCAGGAAAUGAGUGAAAACCAAUAUGCAGUGAUAUGCUCUGAAAAGCAAGCAAAAGUUAUUUCGCUGCCCUCACAGAACUGUACUUAUAAGCAAAAUAUAACAGAGACUUCAUUUGUUCUUCGUGGAGAUAUAGUGGCACUCAGUAACAGUAUCUGUCUUGCUUGUUUCUGCGCUAAUGGACAUAUAAUGACCUUUAGUUUGCCAAGUUUAAGGCCGCUAUUGGAUGUAUAUUACUUACCACUUACCAACAUGAGGAUAGCCAGAACAUUUUGCUUCACCAACAAUGGGCAGGCAUUAUAUCUUGUCUCACCUACAGAAAUCCAGAGAAUUACCUAUAGCCAAGAAACAUGUGAAAAUCUGCAGGAAAUGUUGGGUGAGCUCUUCACACCUGUAGAAACCCCAGAAGCACCAAACCGAGGGUUCUUCAAAGGUCUGUUUGGAGGUGGUGCACAAUCCCUUGACAGGGAAGAACUCUUUGGCGAAUCUUCUGCUGGAAAGGCAUCAAGGAGCCUCGCCCAGCAUAUACCAGGUCCUGGUGGUAUUGAAGGAGUCAAAGGAGCAGCAUCAGGAGUAGUUUGUGAGUUAGCACGAGCCAGAAUAGCAUUGGAUGAAAGAGGACAGAAAUUGGGAGAGCUGGAAGAACGAACAGCAGCCAUGUUAGCUAGUGCUGAUUCUUUCUCAAAGCAUGCACAUGAGAUGAUGUUGAAAUGCAAGGAUAAAAAAUGGUACCAGUUCUGACAACACAUUCUCAGAUGCAUCUCUGUAACUUUACCUUGAAGAAAAAUCUCCUUUUCAUUAACUUCUGCAGGACCAGCAAAGCUGGAAGGGUGUCAGCCAAUGGGUACAGAUAUUUCCUAGCACAAAUUAUGCACUGUUUUACCUCAGUCGUACAGCUUUAACUGAGGAUCAUUGUAUUUAAAACUGACACCCACAUCGUGAGGGUGUGUUUGCGCACUUGCGCGUGUAUGUGUGUUAUCUGUGGGCUGACUGGGAGCUCGAGAACAGAAUUGAUGGCAAAGAGAACACAUGGACAAAAAUAGAAAAUUUGGUAUCAAAAGAGCAGGGGCAAUGCAGGAUCUAUCCUGUGUUAAUAUUUCAUAUGCCAAAAGUUUUGUGCUAUUGUUGUUGCUGCCAGUGUUUCAUCCUCCUCGAGGAGGCUGCAAUAAAUCAGGGGUCCAAGAGCUAGAAUGAAGUUCAUUUUAUGGGACUACUGGUAACUGAUCUACCCCUUUCCUCCUUAAAAGCACAUUCAUAAAGUUGUCUGGAGAUGACUUAUUCUGCUACCAUCUCUCUGAUCUGAUAAACUGGAAAUACAUGAGCUCCAUCUUGAAUUUACCCAUAGUUAACAUGCACAUAGUCUCUUCUUGGACCCCUGAUCUAAUAGUAUUGUCUUUGCAUCUUUAUAUUGUUGCUGCAUUGGGACUUCAUGAUAAACCAUGGCAUGCUUUUGCUUCAGUUUUUGUUCAACUAUAGCUUUGUUCGCACUCAACAAGUAACAAGAUUACUUUUAAUGACUGUGGCUUACUAGUCUGAAACAAGCCAUCUUCAAAACUCAGUUUGAAGGUAGCCUGUUUCAGUACACUCUAGAUAAGAUUGACCACAGAUUGACCAUUUAGCAUUAAACUGCUGUUAAUCAAAUGUGAAAGCUUCCAAUUUCAUAUGGCAAUACCAGAGAAGCAGAAAAAAGGAAUAUGUGAGCUCAAGGCUUGCUGUAGCUCAUUUCUCUUAUAAUAACCAUGUUUUUUGUGAUGUCCAAACAGACAUCACUUCUCUUAUAAUAACCAUGUUUUUUGUGAUGUCCAAACGCAGCCAGCAUCAAGUACAAAAUAAGACGAUAAGUUCUUUUGCAUCAUAAAAACACAAGUGAUUGACCUGUACAUCAUGCUAGAAGUUUUCAUUUGUGUUAUGGCUGUCUAAUGUGAAAAGUAAAAAUAUCUCUUGCAAUGAUACAUAUUUGUCAUCUUUCAGCCAUAUUUGUCAUCUUUCAGCCUAUAAUUUUCCUACCAAUAUAGCUGGAUCAAUUUAUAAUUUUUUUACAUGGUUACAAAUUUAAUUCAUGCUGUACAACUUAUUUUUUGUGUUUAACAGAAUGUAUUUGUGUAAGAAUUUAAAUAUCAGGUAUGUAGCUAGCUUACAUGCCCAAUCAGGUAAAAUUGUCUUGAGUUCAGUGUUGAACUCUGAGAUACAACUUUCGCAAGUUAUCAAUUGCAUUGUACUACAAUAUAUUCAGGAAAAAACAAAAUUUAAUUUUAAAAAAUGGUUUCUAAGUCAAACCCAUCAGCAAAGAAGUUGACUCCUAAAUCCUGAGUGUGCUUACUUGGAAACAGGUCUUUUAAUUUGAAAGGAAUUUUCUUCCAUGGAAGUGCCCUUUGAUUCACUGCAUAAAUUACACAAUAAAGUUAAAGUCAGAGUGGAUAGUUUUCAAAGCACUCAAUAUUUUACCACUUUAGGAACUGGUAGAUUCUUAUGUAGAUUUGUAUGAGAGGAGGGAUUUAAGAUGUGCCAAACUGAAACAGUAUAUUUUUAGCUAAUAAAGGCUGCACCAAAGCCAUACAGUAAAAUAAAAUAAUUUAUUUUAAAAUAUUUAGAAAAAUACAUAAUUAAGAAAUGUUUGUCAUGUUGGAAAUCAGAAAUAGUGACUAAUUUGGGAUAAUUUGCAAACAGCCUUAAAUAGUUUAGGCUUUAUUUAAGCAAGUGCCAGUAUGUGGCCAUUCAGAGGCUUGAGUUUUAUUUUUCUAAACACUUGCCCAAACUGUGCAAAUGUUGAAUGAAUUAUUUGAUUUGCAUGUCUGAAGUUUAAGCCAAAAGAAGAUUUCCUGGUGUUGGUUAAGCAAUGGUUUGGCUCAAAAUAUUAUUUAGAUAUGCAUUUAUCUGUAAUACGGUUCAGUCCAGGUUAAAGUUAUUGACUGGCAUUGUUUAAUGAAGUCUUUUAAAUAAAUUAGAACUACUUCUAAAAGAAUAUGAUUUAAGAAACUUUUCAUUUAAUGUAGCUAAGCCCUUUCAGUCUGGUUACAACUCUGGGUGGGCAGGAGUGGUUUCUGCAAACUUCAGGAAAGUUGAAAUCUGUUUCUCUCUUGGGGUUGCUAAUGUAUUUUGCUAGUAUAUUUAAAGCAUCAGAUUAUUACCUCUCUUCAGUGCAGCUUUGGGUAAGGAUGCUAUGAAAUUCAAUUAAUGUAUCAGAGAAGAAAAUGUCAAGUAUGGAAUACCUUGAGCAUUCGUUGCAGCAAAUGGUUGUUGCCGCCAAGAAAACUACUUGAUGAUGAUGAUGAUGAUGAUGAUGAUUUUGCUUCUCUGAACAUUUAAUUACAGUAUGGUUGUGGGGUGUUUUAGAGAUAUAAAAUAAAUUGCCUGAGUUUAUAAGAAUACAUUGAUUAAAAUCUAUAAGCCAAAUUUUAAAUAGAUAUGUGAUAGAGACGUAAAAAUGUUAACAACUGCACUUAUUUAUUAUUGUAACUGUUCCCUACACAUUAGCAAUUUCAUUUGUCAGUUGCUAAUUUUUGUUUGUUGUACAAAAUAGUAUGAUCUAGCUAAAAUUGUUAAGCUUUAUUGAUUUCUGAUGGAAACAUUUAAGCACAUGCUAAAACAAUAUCCUACUGAUUUCUUGGCGCUUACCUUGUCUUGAUUGUGUCUUACAAUCAGAAGCAUAAACCCCAAUAGACCUGACUGAAACAUUUCCUUUAAAAAAAGGGAGGAAAAAUGUUUCACAGUUACAAAUAAGUAAAAUAGCAAUUCUUCCAAUUGUAGAAGUGGAUGGGAAAGAGAAUGCUAUAAUGAAUCAAGAAUUAAUGGCUUCAGCAUUCUUUCAUAAGAAAUGCUGGAAAUGCUCCACUCAUUCUAAAGUUAUCUUAUUCUGAUGUGAUUUGCAUUAUGCAUUUCUGAGCAAGUAUUUGAUAGAUGACAAGCUUCAUGAAGGAUACGUCAACAGACAUACCUUCUAAUACGUGUUCAUGCAUUUUAUACCCAUGAAUGAAAUAAAUUAACUAGAAAAUAUUUGCUGAAAUUGGACUUUGGUAAAUAUGCCAUUUUACUGGUUCUAUUCAUUUAACAAUGUUUGUCAAUUUUCCUUGAAGCAACAUACAGUUGUAGGACAAUUUCCUUCAUACAGAAUUUCUUUGGUGUAGUAUUAGGGACAUUACCAUUACCUUCUUCAUUUAUAUUUCAUCUGGACAAAUAGAAUAAGGCUGUGUACAGAUAAUACGUUUUGCAGACUUGGAAACAAUACUGGAAAUGUUUGGUGGGUAUAUCAUAUUGGGUAGGCAUCUUGAUGCUUUCUGUAUUGCAUGGCCAGUAAUCAUAAAUUAUGAGCUUUAUAUACUCUAUAUACUUUAUAAGGAGCACCAAGUUGUAUACUCCUAGCAUGCACGUUCAUUUUUGAGGCCUUCCACAAUUGAUUUGGGAUAUUUUUCAUAAUGCUAUGCUGAGCCAUCUCAUAUUUUGAAUGUUGAUGUGAAGAAGGAGGAACUUUCAGAGUUGAUGAAGUUUCCUGAAAGGUUAAUUGUAGUUUAUUAGUGGUGAACCCUUAUUCACCAAUCUGUUCAUGCACCAUUAAAAAAGAAAAAGAAAACUGCUUUCUUCCUACAAAUAGUGGAGUUGUCAUGUAGACAUUCAAAUGUGACAAGUAGCACAAAGAAAAUGAUUGCAUUAAAGAACCUAACUAUAAAUUUUAUUUUCCUCUAGUUACAUAAACAAUCUCACUGUUUCUAAGGUUAUUUUUAAUGGUGUUGAAGCAACAGUUAAUAUAGUCAGCAAAUUCAUUUAAAAGAUACUGUGGACAGAAGAAUUAAAAAAUAGGAAGCUGCUGGGGAAUGCGUAAGAAGUUAAUGUGCAGUUGGAGAUAUGAUAUAGUGUAAGGGCACUUGAACACCUUGAUAAUAUUUGAGGCACUGAUUAAAAAAUUAAUAAAAUGGGCAAGCAUGUUUUCAUUCACAAAAUAUGUCCCGUAUUUCUCCUGGCACGUGAAAGCUGGAAAAGCCAAAACAAAAUACACACACAAAUACCCAUCAAUAUGCUCACUCAUUUUGUUGAACUGUUGUGACUGCAUUGGUUAGUGACAGAAAUAUGUUUCACAUAAAUACAUAUAGCCUUUAGACGUCAGUGGAAGGAAUGUAGUUUUCCUUGUGAGGAUAAUGUAUAGCUCAGAACUUUUUAUGAAUGGAAGUAGAAGUAGUAACUAAAGUAAGGAAUUUUUAAAAAUGCCCUAGCAUUGUUUCUUUACCUGUCACAACUGUGCAAUUAUUAAACUACUGAUACUGAGUCAGGGACUCAUUCUACAACAGCAAGGACAAUUUGCUGGCAUUGCUCUAGAGAAAUAAGCAUCUUUAUGUAGCCCAGGGAAACUGCUGCUAUUUGUCUUUCAUGUAAUGUUAACUGUACAACAGUUUAAUUUUAAUAAACUGAAGAGACGAUUCUUCAUUUAGAAACUGCCAAACUGAAUGUUCCUGAAUGUUUAUGUAAAUAUUAUUUCAAGCAAGUCUGAAAGUGUGAGUCCAUUAGCAUUCAUGAUAACACAUUAAGAGUAAAGCAACUAUACUGAUUUGUAUCAAUAGUCUUUGUAUGAUUUAAUUAUACGUUUACUGCUUGAGGUAUUUCCUUCAUGUGACAUCUCUAUCUUAGAAAGCUAUAGCCAAAGGUAAAUUUGAUGCAAUGACUUCUUUCUUUUUUGCUUUCUAUAGCACUGAUCUUAUCUGAACUAUAAACUUGAGUUUCUUUUCUCUGCACUUUAACUACUGCAAGCUAGCAUAUUUCAUCCUUUUCCAUACAUAAGUUUUAAAUUCUAUGUAGAUAGUAUCAUUUAGAAAAUUAAUUUCAGCAAACUUCCUGUCUAUACACAGAGUUCUACAUCUUCUGAUGUAUAAACAGGUUCCCUGUGGACAGGAGCUUCCAAGCUGGUGAAGGAAGGUCUAAAACUGCACAUAUGGACCUGUUUCCUUCAUUGAAUGAGUAGAUAAGUAGAAAAUGCAGGAGGUAUAUUGAAACUCCAAGGGAUCAGGAAAAAUUAAUUGUAAAAUAUUAAAAAAAAAAAACAGCUUUAAAACACCAGCAACAACUGAAACACUUUCAGAUUUGUUUAAUGGUCACCUGAAGCUGCAAUGUUGUCCAUAAUAAAAUGUGCUUUGGUUCUAUGUCAAGAAGAGAAUUAAGUACAGGUAAUCAUGGCUAAAUUGGAGCCAUGGUGAUUAUUUAUAUGGUUAAUGUCAUACGAAUAUAGUUUAUCAUCAAAUCUAAGGUUAUUUCUUUUAAUUAAAAAAUUGUGUUAAGUUUGUCAA